AGAAUUGCUAUUCCCUCAAAAUAAAAGCUAUACGGACUAAUCGUAUAAAUUCGAAGAAAUACUAUAUUGGAAGCUUUGCGCAAGCAUUUUGUAGCUCUAUGUCUUACUCUACCAGGAUAUUAAAUGAAUACAUGUGUACAUUAGCAGUUAUAGUCAGUUAAUGUGCGCGCAAGCACAUAUUAUAGGUAUAGAUAUACCUAUUCACACAUACCACAUAAUUAUACCUGGACAUGUAUAUAUAAUGUACGAAAUCAAAUGAUCGGUAAGAUGGGUAUUUUAUUUUGGGAUCUGAUCCGGAACCAUCACAGGGCAAUUAAAAAAUCUCUACUUGUAAACGAGUAUUUAUACAGAGGACUAGACGUUGAGCAUCGUGAGAUGUGUGUAUCAAAGAUGCACACUAAAUCACCAGCGAGUACAACAAUAGUGUGACAGGUCUAAUUGUUGGAUUCAAUUUUUUUUUUAUCCUAAUCGAUAAGAAAGUGUGAAUCAUGGGUAUUAAAAGGAUCGUACUUUAUUUGUAAAGGUAUAAUAUACUCAUGCAUGAACUUUAGAUUUGGCGAUGAAUGUUUGAAUUCAUCUGAACAAGUCAUAGUGCUUUCUUUUUACACGAGUGCUUUCCCCACUCGGAAUGCCAGUAGUCGUCAGUAGUUCGAUUUGUGCACCUCGAAAAAUAUACAAAGAUUGUGAUCAUUUUGAAUUAUUUAAAACGUGCUGGUGAGAUGUUCAUUGCUACGAAAUAAAGAUAUGAAGAAAGACAUCAAAAUAUCUCGCAGAAAAUACAUUCCGUCUUUUACCGCAAAUGUAAACGUAAAAUUGAGCGAAAACUUUUGAUAUGAAAUAUUGUUCGUAACGUUUAAAAGUACAAAGUUGUAUGUGAUAAAAUAUAUGACAAAUAAAGCAUUAUCUGGAAUUUUAAUAAAAAUGGACAAAUUUGUUGCAAAGCGCCCAAAGCUCUCUAAUUUUGUAAAUGCAUUAGAAGAAGACAGAAAGAAAACUGCCGAAUCUAUAACGACGUUUAAAUUUAAUAAAAGAAGAGUGAAGAUCCUAACCGAUCUAGACAAAGUCAGAGAUAAAUCCAAUGGCAUUGUUUACUGGAUGUUCAGAGAUUCCAGAGUACAAGAUAACUGGGCGUUUUUAUUUGCUCAAAAAAUCGCUAUAAAAAAUGCUGUACCUCUUCAUAUCUGUUUUUCUGUGCUGCCAAAAUUUUUGGAUGCUACAAUACGACAUUUUAAGUUUCUUCUGAAGGGUUUGGAACAAGUUGAAGCGGAAUGUAACAAUCUCAACAUCAAUUUUCACCUCUUGCUUGGCGAGCCUAAUGUUGAAAUUUUGAAAUUUGUUACAAAGUAUAACAUGGGAGCAGUUAUUACAGAUUUUUUUCCAUUAAGAGUACAUCUUUCUUGGGUUGAAGAUUUGAAGAAAAAAUUACCAAAAGAUGUUCCAAUUUGCCAAGUAGACGCCCACAAUAUUGUACCCUGUUGGGAAGCUUCGGAUAAACUGGAAUAUUCUGCACGAACAAUACGGAACAAAAUCAACUCAAAACUGUCUGAGUAUUUAACACCAUUCCCACCUGUUAUCAAACAUCCUCAUAUUACAAAGCUGAAAUUUGUUGAUAAUGAUUGGAAGAAUGUCUGGAAACACAUUAAAGUUGAUGAAACUGUAAAAGAAAUAACCUGGGCUCAACCAGGUUACGAGGGAGGGAUACUAGAACUUGAAAGUUUCAUAGAAAAACGUCUGAAAAUAUAUGAAAGUAAACGAAACGAUCCUUUAGGCAAUGCUUUGAGCAAUCUAUCACCGUGGUUCCACUUUGGCAUGAUAUCUGUUCAGCGUUGUAUUUUGGAGGUAUCAAAAUAUAAAAAAACACAUACUAAAUCGGUUGAAAGCUUUAUGGAGGAAGCCAUUGUCAGAAGAGAACUGAGUGAUAAUUUCUGCUUUUAUAACGAACAUUAUGAUUCUCUGAAAGGCGCUAAGCAGUGGGCUCUGGACACUUUGGAUAAACAUCGUGAGGACAAACGUGAAUAUUUAUACACGUUGAAGGAAUUCGAAAAAUCUAUGACUCAUGAUGACUUAUGGAAUUCAGCACAAAUUCAGUUGGUACAGGAAGGAAAAAUGCAUGGUUUUUUGAGAAUGUAUUGGGCAAAAAAGAUUCUAGAGUGGACCAGUACACCUGAACAAGCACUUGAAUGGUCGAUAUAUCUAAAUGAUAAAUAUAGCAUGGAUGGCAGGGAUCCAAGUGGAUACGUUGGAUGUAUGUGGUCAAUAUGUGGUAUUCAUGACCAGGGCUGGGCAGAGAGAAGUAUUUUUGGUAAAAUACGCUACAUGAACUACAAAGGGUGUCAACGGAAGUUUGACGUAAAAGCAUUCGUUGCCAGAUGGGGUGGUAAAGUACAUAACAAGAAAAAAUAAAUUAGAAAACACGAUAAACAUAUCGUAAUUUUUGGUAUUCAACCAGUGUUCUGAAAUAGUUUGACAAAACGAGUACAAAUCUACAUAUUUUUUUUCAAUUCAACUUUUUAAAGAACAUGCGGUCAUAUUUCGGGAUUUGAUAUCCUUGGCACAAUAACCGAACCAUGGAACAUUAUGCCAUUUUUAAAUGAACUAGAAGUUCAUUGCUGGUAGCAUUAUGUGAACUGUUAAAUGAUACUAUAAUUCCCCACAAAUUUAGAGCAUUCAUUCGCUGGUAAUAUUCUGAAAUAUGUAUCGCCUUGUGCAAAGACUACAUAAGGUGCCAAUAGCAUGUCUAGAUCUAUUUUUCUUUCUGCAGAUCUGCCAGUUUUUAAUAACCAUCCUAAAUUUUUUACCGAAAUACUCUCUGAACAUUUCUUAUUCACAUCUUUUUUGUUGGAAGUAUUCGAACCUUCACUGUAUUCAUUAUUAACGUAAAUUUUAUGUGUUUGCUUUUCAUACGUGCUGUCAUACUGUUUUCGUGAGUUAUUUUUGAUUGUUUCAUUAGUAUCGUUGAAGCUAUUUGUUCUCCUACUCCUUCUGCUAUUCCACCAGCGCUUGCUUUUUCCUUCAAAAUUUGAAUCGUCUACGUCUGGCAUAUUCUUGUGGAUUUCAUGACCUUUCUUCUUUCCCAUUUUCACUUUGAUACUAUUUGCAACUUGGUCAGCAUUAUGUUUGUAGUUAUCUUCUUUGCCCUUCGAUUCCAUUUUAUCGUUCCACUUGUUUUUAAUAUCACUAUUAGUAGUUCCUAGUUCGUAUCUAACUUUGCUUGAUCUUUUCAUGCUACUGACAUCGUCUUUAUUGUAUUUGCUUACUUCUAUCCUUUUUUUGAGUUUAAUUUUAUUAUUUGAAUCUAGGUCAUGAUUUUCAUCAUCGGAUUUGUAGAUUUUACUGAACGAUCCCUCGAGUUUUUCAUUAUCAACAGCUUCGAAUUCCGUAUUGUCUGCUUUGACAUAUUUGUUACCUCUGCUUGAUUUCACAUCACCGCUACCAUACUCUUUAUCUUCUCCAUCAAUAUUUUGGCCAUUCUUCAAUCUCUUAGAUUUUUUAUUGUUUUUCAAACUUUCUGCUCCAAUGGCUGGAAGAAAGUAAACAAAGCCAAGUGAUCGAAAGUAAAUCUACCUUGAAGUUCUAGCUAAAGUAAAAUCAACAGGUUUAUCACACCUUUCAUCGUUUGAGUCUUGUCAUCUUUAUCGAUAGUUUUGUCACCCAAGUUCUUAUCAAUUGUUGCUGGAAGUUGCUCAAUAGUCAUAAAUCCCUGCGUCUUGCAUUUUGCCAUAUCGAAAUACAGGAUAUCAUCUCGUUUUUUUGAUCUCGAUUUACCUUAACCAAUACCCCAGAUUUCUUUAUUUUUAUACGUCGUUUGAAGAAUUUAAAUAUGAAAAAUUUUUGUAGUAUUUAUCCAUAGUCACAUCUAUCUUAAGAUACUAGAAGUAAUUGACUUACUUCCGUGUGUGAUCAUAUUUAUAUUAAUUAUGCAGUAUAUGAUAGUGAGGGCUUGGAAUCUCGUACAAAAGUUACCAUAUAAAAAUAAAAGAUAUGUUAAAAGUGUUUAACUGUAUCCACAUUGUACAAUAUUGUUACCAAACGUUAUUUUUUUACUUGUUCUUCACAAUUGUAGUGCCUGCUUCAUUUAAAUUAUUGUUAUCUAAUCUUACGUGUACAUGAAACAGCUAUGUCGUCUCAAAUGAACCAUUGUUACGGCAUUAUCCAAAUACAUUUCUUACCUUUUGA